CCCGCGGUCUGCCGGUCGGGGCGGGCGAACGGCGCUGCGGGCUGAAAGCCGCGAUGAGCGCCCGCGCCGCGCCCCGCGACCUGCGGCUGCCGCCCACCCAGAGGACGCAGCCGGCCUUCCGAGAACAAAGAAGAGAAAAACUUAAGGAACAUCUCUUAAGGAGAAAAACACUUUUUGCAUCCGAACAAGAAAAUCAGAUAUCAUCCAGUCAAAGCCAGAGAGUGAUAACAUCUAAGAACCUGGUCCAGCGAGAGACGAAAGGUUUGAAACUUAAAGCAGAAAUGGCUAAUAAAGAAAAUAUUGGUAGACCUACGGGGAACAAAAAUAAUGUAUCAGUGGGAAAAAAUUGUAUCCCUUUAAAGCCUUCUAAGGAAUUGAUUAGUCCACCUAGAGCAGUGGACGCACAAAAUUUGGAGGAUAAUAAUCAAACUUUGCCCUUGCCUCUUAAAGAUGACCCCCAAGGUCAGCAUAUGACAUUAAGCCAAGCAUUUCACCUCAAAAAUUACAGUAAAAAGAAACAGACGAUUCUAGAAAAACCAAAGCAAGAGGCUGCUCUUCCCAAGAAACCUGUCCUUGGAUCCUACCGAGGCCAGAUUGUCCAGUCUAAGAUCGAUUCGUUUAGAAAACCUCUUCAGGAGAAAGGUGUGAGUUCUGGAACAACCAAGAAGCUUCCCACGACUGUCUCUAAAGUCCCCGCUGCAGUCACAAAGCCUCGGCCACUCAGUACCGACGCUGUCACAAAGUCUCGGCCAAUCAGUACCGACGCUGUCACCUUGAAGAAUGAUGGUACCUCGAGCUGGAGGACCGCCACGGAGCCUGUGAAGGCUGCAGCUCAGCACAGACCACCCGUGCGACCUCCUGUUGGGAGUCACCGAGAGAAUCAGGACCCUGGGAAACAAGGUGUCAGCAGGAUCUCUGCCAGUGCUGCGGUUCAGAAGGGGCCUCGUGAAAAAGCCGUGCAGUUAAAUGCAGUGGGCUCUGGUGUACAAGCCAGUGCUCCUCAGAUAAAACAGAGCAAAGCGCCCUCAAGAAGCACCAUGUCUGUAGCUGUAGUCAGGCCUGCUUCAUCCUUUCGUAGCAAAUUGAUAGAAAAAUCAAAACCUACUGACCAGCGCAGACACACUAUUGCCAAAGCAACUCUUGAUGGCAGAUUGACUUUGCCCAAAGAAACUGCAGAAGAGAGGAAAGCUCGUCUGAGUGAAUGGAAAGCCAACAGGGGCAGGGUGCUGAAAAGGCCGCCUCAGCCCGUGGAUAACCAGCCUGAGCAGACAGGACAGAACGAGAAGCCAGUCGCGUCCUUUUGGACCACCAUGGCAGAAGAAGACGAGCAAAGAUUAUUUACUGACAAAGUGAAUAGGACAUUUUCUGAAUGUCUGAAUCUAAUUGAAGAGGGAUGUCCGAAAGAAGAAGUAUUGACCACUCUGAAUGAUCUGAUUCAAAAUAUUCCAGAGGCCAAAAAACUUGUUAGAUAUUGGAUCUGCCUGACACGUCUUGAACCAGUCACAAGCCCUAUUGAAAAUAUCAUCGCAAUUUAUGAGCAGGCCAUUCUAGCAGGAGCUCAGCCUAUUGAAGAGAUGCGACAGGUAAUUGUAGGUAUUCUAACCGCGAAGAGUCAAGAAAAGGUCAAAUUGGGAGAAAGUAACGAAGCUUCUGCCACUAAGGAGGAAAUCCAAGAGGUCAGCGUGGAAGAUACCAGGGUUGAAAAUCUAGACUCAGAAAAACCAGAAAUGGAAAAUAAGCAUCCCAGAGAUGUGGUCUUUCAAGAGUGCAAACAAUUGCAAGAUGUAAAAACAAAAGAACCAGACAGUAAUAUUAAGACCCCCAGUACAGAAACUAGGGCAAGUUGCUUAAUUAAAUAUAAUGUGUCUACUACACCUUACUUGCAGAGCAUAAAAAAGAAGAUACAGUUUGAUGAAACAAAUUCUGCAUAUAAGGAGCUGAAGUUUCUAACACCAGUUAGACGUUCUCGACGCCUUCAAGAGAAGACAGCUCAGUUGCCAGAUAUGUUAAAAGACCAUUAUCCUUGUGUGUCUUCCCUGGAGCAGUUGCAAGAGUUGGGCAAAGAAACAGAUGCAUUUGUGUGCCGCCCUAAUGCAGCUCUGUGUGGGAUGUUGGAGCCAGAAGUAGCAGAGAAGUAACGGGGUGAGCUGGAGGGGGUCCAUUCUCGCUGGCUCUUAUGUUUGUGGGCAGGAGGUAGCCAGCUAUGUGGUGGCGGUCAGUCCGUGCAUUAACAUUCUCAGUGUAGCCGAUGUCGCCUCUGUGUCAGAAAGCUAAUGCUGCCUGGUUUUUCCCCAAGAUCAGUAGUGUGCCACGAUAAGCAUCUUUCACCCUAGUGUUUGCUUGUUCACUUUACUUUGAAUAAUCCUAAAUUACAGGAAAAGGCUAAUUUGUUAUCAUAAUGGAUUAUCAGAAAUGAGGUGCUUCAGAUAAAACAUUUUUGCAUGAAAAGAAUUUUAAAUCUAAACUUGUACAUUCCUGACUUUAAACAGAGCACAGUUUGUUUUUCAAGUAAAAAAUUGUAAUUCUGGAUCAGUCUGAAAGUCAGCAAUUAUGAUGUAUAGAGUGGAUUCCAUCACCUUUAAACAGAGCGUGCGUGUACUGUGUCCCUCCCUCCAGGUUCUUGGUCCACAGCCCGCUGUGCCUCUGGUCGCCCGGGCCUGGCUGUCACCCUUCACUGCCACUGUCCCUCAGCACAGGCAAACCUGAGGUCCUCUUGGCCUCUCUGUUCCUUUUUAUUGUGAUUGAGGUUGCCAGGGUCUGUAGCUAACCAACCCCACUUGUAGGAAAAUAUAUAAUUUGUGGUAAAAAAGAAAAUACACCAAGUAUGGUGUGUAUCUAAGUUCUUGUAUUUAAAUCUGAAUUUCUUUCUUUUAAUAAUGUCACUGUCAUUCUCUCUAAACUCUGCUGAUUCAAAUAAGUCCCUGGGCAUUGUUAAAGAUUAGCUCUAAACUGUGUAACAUGAACUUGAUUAAAGAUCACAAAGUCAUGUUCAUUUAUUCUGUAUAAUAGCACUAAUAUUUAUUCACUUCUCAUGUUGCAGGUGUAGGGUUUUUAUUCUUUUUAACAGUGUCUAAUAUGUAUUCAAUAAAUUAAAAUACUUGUGUAA